AUGUGUGAUGCAUCUGACUAUGCAGUAGGAGCAGUGCUUGGCCAAAAGAUAGACAAGAAACUCAAUGUCAUCUACUAUGCAAGCAAGACUAUGGAUGAUGCUCAAUGCAAGUAUGCAACCACAGAGAAGGAGCUCCUUGCCAUCGUCUUUGCCUUUGAGAAAUUUCGAAGCUAUAUAGUUGGGUCCAAGGUGAUUGUGCACACUGACCAUGCUGCCCUUAGGCACAUCUUUGCUAAAAAGAUACAAAGCCAAGACUUCUCAGAUGGAUCCUUUUGCUUCAAGAGUUUGACAUAG